GUCAAUCAAUGAUAUCUUAUUUGGUUUGGGGAAAUGAGACAAGAUCAAACACGAAGGAGAGGUCUCGAGAGUAGAGACUUCAUCUUCCUCAAGGCCACGAGCCAUCUUCAUCACCUAUCACAUCACCUGCUUGUGACUUGAGACUCCACAUCAUCGACGAGAACCUCAACUUCAAGGAGGUUCUGGGGUGGACCGAAACUUAGGAGCCACCGUCUAGCUAAAGACGUAAAAGAAGCGCUUGUGGGGAGGCAACCCCACCAAGGUUUGUUUUUCUUUUGAUUGUUUUUCGGUUUGUCCACUUGGAACUAUGGUUUCUAUCACCCAGUGUGUUUUGAUGACUCUAGACCUACUGACUGGUCCCAUUUCCAGUCCCCCGACAGUCCAUAUUCCAGGUAACAUCAUUCCCCCUUAUAUUUCCCUUGCUCCAUUGAGGGCAAUGUCGUGCUUAAGUGUGUGUGUGGGGGGGGGGGGGGUGUUUAUCUAUUUUUGACUGCUAUAUGAGUUUGUGUGCUUGGAGCCUAGUCCAUUGUCACAUUUGAUGAAUUGAGGGCUCCAAGUACCGUUCCCUGCAAAAUCGUGCUCAGUAUGCUUUGAAUUGACAGUCUCUAUGGUGAUAUGCAACCUAGGGAGGUAGUUGUAGCACUAUGGAGGAUGUUGAAGUAUAAGAUUUUUCCUAUCUGUCUCUCUGUUGUGCCGAUUGAUUUUGUGAACUAGUGGAUUUAGGACCGUUGAUUCAUGUGGUAUUGAUGACUCCUCUUAUGUUUUGUUGUGGGCUCGUGUAUCGAAAAAGGGCGCUCAAGUGUGAAAUGAAAAAGCAGUUGGUCCUCCAUGUCAAAAAUUUUAAAUUCUAAGACAUGGGGUAAGUCCAACGUGUGUGGCACCGUUCAUUGCACAAAAUCGGGUUUUGGAAGAUAUUUUAGUGAUCCUUGGUGGGGUAGGCCUACAACGUGAAGCUAAUUUGUCUCUAGUACAAGUAAAAUUUCCACCCGUUGAACGGUUGACCUACUUGAGGAUGUGUUUUUAAGGGCACGGAUAGAGCUUCCGACCCCCCUUAAUUUCAUUAACCCUCCACACGAAGUGAGGAAUAGGAGUUAAAAGAAGUACUCUGGCGAGUGACAGAUGUACAUAAAUUGGUCUUGCUCACCUAAUAAGGAUAGAACGCGCAUACAAACUGCAGUUGGAACCCCAGCAAAGAAAAAAAAACAAAUAGUAAGAAGAAGGGGUUCCAACAAGUGAAAUGAAAUGAAAGAGCACCCGAUACUGAGUCCUUGGUUGUUGAAUUGUGUGAGUCUCCUUAUCCAUGAAUUGAAUGUCUUAGAAGACCAAUUGACCUCGUAAGUUGCUAAAUGAUCUAGAAAAUCCUCUGCCGACGAUCGGGGUUGCAUGUUGCUAUAGAGGUCUGGAGAGUUGUAUUGGUUUGAGUCAGGUUUCCUUGGGGACAAGCAAACGGUUAAGUGUGGGGGAAUUUGAUGACUUGAUAUAUUCACAUGUUUUUAUCCACCAUUCCUGUACCGUUCGAGUCUCAUCUCUCGUGUUUUAGGCCAAUUUCAUGCUAGGUUGUUCUUGUUUGUAAUAUUUCAGGUCCUAGUACGUGAAAGAAGGUUUGGGCACGAGUUCGGGGUCGAUUGGACAAAGUUGGGGCGUUUGACGAAAAGCUGGAAAAGACACACGGGCACGCCUAAAAACCCACACGGGCGUGUGACCUGGCCGUGUGGCACCAAAUUGCACGGACAAGCCACACUGGCUGUGUAGGGGACCCCUUGUGGCCGUGUGGAAAGUCCAGGGAGCUCACACGGGCACGCCUAAAAUCCACACGGCUGUGUGGUUUUGGCCGUGUAGCGUACCUGAAAUCACUUAAGCGAAACGCGGCGUUUUGCACACUCACACGGGCACGCCUAAAAAACCACACGGUCAUGUGGCCUGGCCGUGUGGUCGGAAAUUUCUGGGUUUUAACCCAAAUUCGAGCCAAAGGAGAGGGAAUCGACUUUUUGGAGCAAAAACAGAGCCCUAGAGAGAGAAAGUGCGAAGAACACAUCCUAGAAGUGAUUUUGGAGCUGGGUUUCAACAAUCAAGCUUGGAGAUCAUCAUAGGAGUGAAGAUUGACAUCCUAGAGCAGGUUCUUCCCAUUGUUAUGAGUAUGACUGCUUUGUAUUCUGUUUCCCUCUCUCUCUCUCUCUCUCUCUCUGUCUAUGGAGUAGAACUCUCUCUCACUUGGGUAUGAAGAACCCUAGUUCCAUGUGUUAGGAAUCUUGAUUGUAAUUACAUUUGGAUUGUGAUGUUGCUUGAUUAUAAUCAAUUGAAGUGUUUUGAAUGAGUCAAUUGAAGUUUGAUCACCUUUUAUUGAUUUCUGCUGCAACCUGAGAUAGAUAGAAUCUGAUUAGGUUGUUAGAGCUUCUUCAAUCGGUAGUAGUGAAUCGAUUAUAUGAGAGUUAGUCGAUUCACUACUUUGUACUGGAAUCUAAUUCUAGUAGUGGAAAUCUGUGUUCAUUGCCUCAACAUUCUAUCCCGGUGAAGACUAGUCGUCUGCCGGGUAGUUUGACUGAGAGGGCUUGGUCAGCUUAAGAGAUUCCAAGCUACCGUCGGAUCUUCCGCAGUAUAAUCAGCAGUAAAGCAACCAAAAGUAAUUACAACUGUGACCUAACUAAGGAGCUAGGGGGACUCAUUCCCGAGUGACUCUUCCUUUGCUUUAGAAAAUCGAAUCUUUUCCUGCUUUCUUACUGCUUUUAGUUAAAACCACAAUCAAUCGACUUAGUUGGCUAGAUAAUAGAUAUUCACGGAGUAGGCAGUAGAUCUAUAGACCCCCGGGUUGAUAAUUAGAACUUGCCACUUUACUGCAUUCGCGGACUACGAUUACACUUGGUCGCAGUUUGGUGUCGUGUUUUAGCGUGUCAGCUACAUCGACGUUUAUUUUAAUAUCCACCUAAUUCGGUAGUUUCCAAUGACUAUUCAAUUGCCUCGAUGCCUUUGCCUGUCGAAUAUGAAUAUUUAGGAACUCCUCCAACCAAUCACUCCCCCGACCCAUGAUUUUCCACUUCUCCAUAUUCUUCUUGGUAUAGAGCUGACAGUUUCUCUCAUUCAAGAUGAACCAGAGAGAGACCUAUAAGUGUAUGAGAAUCUCAUACGACUCUAAUCCUUGGAGCUCAUAGAACCACUCCACCGAGGUAAGUGACUCCCUUUUCUCGAAUUAUGCAUGCAAUAGGAUGUGUUCUUGUGUUUCAUGUAAAACACAUAAAGGACAACCCUCACUACCUUUUUAGUUAUUGCUAGGAUCCUUACACUUGUAGGUAGGAUGUUGUGUAGCCACUUCAGGCAAAAAAAUUACUUUUGGAAGGACUUUCAAUUCUCGAAUUCUCAUCUAAUCCACAUGCAAGUAGAUCUCUCCUUCUAGUGCCUCAUUUUUGCUUUGCCAUAUUCUAUAAGCUUAUUUACUGAACACUGCCCUAAUUUUUCCAACCUUCAGGCAUUUGAAUCCUUCGUCAGUUGCCUAGGAAUAAUAUUCUCAAAAUAUUUACCCAAUUUGAUAGGUUAAAGUGAGCAUGUAGCACAUCAUACCUCCAUGAUAUUGUUUCCAUAUCCAUCAAUUCCGCCACCGAGGCUGACUCCCCUUAUCCAAAGGCAAGAGAAGUGAUCCUAUGUUCCUUUCUAGUUGUAACCCAUUUAUCCAAUCAUAUAUCAUUUUUUUUUAUUCAUCUCUCACCCUCCACUUCAUUUCGAUCGUCACUAGGUCUUUAGCUACCAUUAGACCUCUCAAUACAUAGUUGGGGUUGUAGCUGAAGUCUGCCUCCAGUACUUCCCAAUCCUGGUAGUAUUUUGCUUUCAUUAUCAUUGCAACCAAGGAUCCAGGAUGCUGAAUUAGUUGUCAGAGUUGUUUGCCUAGUAAAGCUAUGUUAAAAAUGUGCAACUCUCGAAACCCUAAUCUACCAACCUUCUUUGACCUGCAUAGUGCCUCUCAAUUCAACUAGUGAGUCUUAUUUCAUCUUGUUGUUGACCCUGCAAGUAAUUGGCUACCACACUAUUAACUUCCGGUACAAUUCCAACAGGUGUUAGAAAUACAAACAUGGAAAACGUCAUAUGUGCUUGUGCAACCGACUUUAUAAGCACCUCCUUUCCCAACACAGAGAGUAGAUUCACUUUCCAAACCUUCACUUUAUUGUUAACUCUAUCCACAAGGUGGACAAAGAAUUGUUUUUUGGAUCAAACCACAUUAGUAGGGAGUUCCCGUUAUUUUUUGUGAUAACACAAUUCAUACCCAUAAUACUAGCUAGCUCUCUUGUCUGAUUUAGAAUAAUGUUAGGGCUGAAGGAUACCUCAGAUUUAACUAGGUUUACCUAUUGAUCAUAUUCAACCACAUGUAAAACUUAGGAUUCUUGUAAGUUAUGCACGCUCCUUCUUUGUGGCUUGAGCAAAAAAGAUGUUGCCACCGUGAAAAGAGCAUGUGAUAUAAAAAGGGCAUUAUGUUUGAUUUUAAUCCUCAUUAUCCUUCCUUCUUGCUCUACCUUGUUAAUUAAUGUUGAUAAACCCUCCACCACAAAUAGAAAGAGAUAUGAGAAAUGUGGUCUCCUUCCAUAAUCCCUUGCUAGGAUAAAACCUUUUCGUUUGGUAUCCAUUCACUAGUGUCGAGAAUGACACUGUAGAUACACAAGUCAUCAUCAAACAAACCCAUCUCUCUGCAAAUCCCAGUAUUCUCAAGAAAGCCUCUAGGAAUCCCACUCCAUCCUAUCAUAGGAUUUAGUAAUGUCAAGUUUUGCAGCUAUGUAUCCUUUCUUUCCUCACUUCAUAGCUUUCAUCUAAUGAAAGUGUUUGAAAGCAAUCAUCACAUUGUUCGUAAUCAACCUCCCUGGUACAAAUGCACUGUGUUGGCACAAUUAUUCCAUCCAGAAUACCCUUUUGUUGAUUAGCCUACACCUUUGAUAGUAUUUUAUAUAAUACAUUGCAUAAACUUAUCUCUCUAAAAUUCACUGGGGUUUUUUAUACUUUUUUUCUUUCUCUGCAUCGUUCCAAUUUUAUCGGAUGCCCUUGAGGGACUAAACUUUUAUUUUAUGGAAUCAAUGCAAUGAGUGUGCGAUUAAGCUCAUGUAAGAACAUCCCUUCCUCCAUAAACCCUUGCAAUUCAGCUAUCACUACUUCCCUUACGAUUUUCCAAUUCCUUUGAAAAACAUUGAUAGCAUUCCAUACGCUUAUGGAGCUUUCAAAGGCCCCGUUCUUCCUUAACGCUUCCCAUUCUCUUCCAUGGCGAACGGUUUUAGCAGUUCAUCAUUCAUUUCCAUUGUUUACUUAUGUUGUUAUAGUGUGGCUCGAACUCCAGCAGUGCCUACUGUAUAUAAAUGUUUAAAGUACUGAACUAUACAUUCAUAGACUGCUUGUUAUCCUUCAUAAAAUCUUCGAUCCUCACCUCCCAUUUUCCUUAUUAUGUUUCUUGCUCUUUGAUAUGUUGCUCUUAGGUGGAAAAAAUUGUGUUUUAUCGCCCUCCUGCAACCAUUCCAUCAUUGAACGUUGUUUCCAUAUCAAUUCUUUUUGGAGCGGUAACUCUUACAAUUCUUUUUUCCAAUACUAUGCUGUGAGCUUGUAUUGCUGGAGUCAUUGGUACUCUCUCUUACUUUUCAAGUGCUCCCUCAAUCUGGAUUCAUCGAGUUUUUAGGCUGCCAAGAGUAACUAUCCAUGUUGCGCCACAAGAUCAUUGUUGUCAACCCAGGUUUGCCCGAACUUACGGUUGAACCGGUUUCACUAGAUGACAAAGGCUUGGUUGCCUAUCAACCUGAAUGAGGCCAAACCUAGAGAAAUCCCAGUCAAUAUGAUAAGCAUGAUUAGUUUGAUCGACUACCUGAGUGCCGAGCUUAUCUAAUACUGUGUCGUCACCACUAUUUUCUGCAAGGGAAGGAACUACAAUCCCUAAUUUUCCAUUGCACGUCCUUCUUUGGUCCCCUCCAUUGACCUUCUCUUACAAUCUUCUUCAUCUCUCAAUCAUUUCUUUUUCCUUUUUUGUCAUAAGUUGGAGCAUGAUGACAAGAGGGAGAAAAUUGAGAGAUGGAAAGGAAGGAAGACAUGAGCGAGUGUGAAAGAGAUUGAGAGAUAGAAAGAGAUGAUCAGAGGGAGAGUAAGAGAGAGAAUAUGUUUUCCACUAACAACGAGGUGAAGAAGCAAGGAGAGAUGAAGAAAUUUUUUUAUUAGUGCAAAAAAGGUUCACAAUCCACAGGGGACCUAGCAAAAUUUAAUCAAACGCCACUUGAUCCAUAUAGAAAAAGAAAUAUCGAAAUUGGAGAGAAGAUUGCAUAUGACUUGUGUUGAACCUUGCUUGAUGCGACCCCGUUCACCCCGCAUGACGUCACUCAAGCUCAAACUAGAUACCUACAUGGACCAUGGUUCGAGAGAUGAUUUAAGAGGUUUAAAGAGAGCUUGAAAGCAUUCAAGGUGGAAGAAAAGGUAUUUGCAAGCAAGGCCUACGAGUUUGUUGAUGUGAAAUCAAUUGGCAGAAUAUAUAAUUCUCGUGGUCCAAAGAUGAAGGUCCGAGUACGACGAUCCAAGGAUCAAAUGGGAUCAUUCUUGAUGGACGUGGACUUGCUAGAAGGAAAGUCCAUCACGUUGCUACGAUUUAUGGACUAGAAUGAAGAGAAGAUGGGCUUGGUAGAAGGAAGGAAGAUCUCCCAUGGUGUGAAUACAAGGUGUGAAAAGGAGUACAAGUGUGAAAGGAAUAUCAGGUGUGAACACAAGCCCUGUAGGGAGGAUUGCAAGGCUAGAAUCUAGGGAGUUGUUGACCAAGUAUUUUACUUGUCUUUUAAGGAUUGUGUUUUCCUUUUACUUGUCUUUUAAGGAUUGUGUUUUUUCCUUUUACUUGUAGGACUUGUUUUUCAUUUUAAGCUUUGGAUUUGUGUUAGCUAGUCUAUAAAUAAGAGGCUGAGUUCCUCAUUGUAACUCAUUCAAUUAUCAAUCAACUUUCAAGUUACAAGUUCAUACGAACUAGUUCUUUGUGCAAGCUUCUGUUGAGAGUGCUCCAGGAGUUUCACGUGUCUCUUAUCAACUAGAGAACGCGUCUAGUUGUGGCGAGCUUCUACCCAAUAGCGAUUGGCCUUAUUCACGAGUGGGUGAUUGUUUGAUUGGUUUCAUAUACCAAUUGGCCUUUCACACGAGUUGGAAUCUGUUUGAUCGUGUUCCAUCAUUAUCUUUUGUUCGAGUUCUUGUUCGUUGGAGAAAAGUUUCAAAAACCCAUAAAAAGUAGGAAAGCUGCGUACUUUGGUCAUAUAAUCCGAGUUCGAGGAUUCUCUUCGGAUUUGGAUCAUAUCAAGUGGUAUCAGAGCCUGGUUCAAACGCAGCGGAGAAGAAGGUUCUUUGGCAAUCUUGUGUUGUUCUUGAAGGUUUUGACGUCAUCGUAAAGGAUCUUGGAGGAGUCUUUACGUUCUUGAAGGUUCUUGCGAGCUAUCUUGAAGGAGUAAUUAGCGCCGCAAAUAUGGGAGACGAGAUCAAGGCAUUGACUGAUCAAAUCCAAGCAUUACUUCAAGCACAUACCACCAGCCAAAGGGAGAUUCAAGUGGCGCUACAAGCUCAAAAUGCAAGAAUGGAAGCUUGGGAAACACGGAUGCAAGCACCACCAAACCCUAACCCUAAUGUUGCUGCUGAAAGGGCUAGGAGGGAAGAAGAAGAUCGUGGAGAGAGAAGGGUGGUACAACGACCCAUGUUCGAACAUGUUAGGCGACAUCGGCCAAUGGGUGGACUACAUGCAAGACGAGGCCAGCCUCGUGAUGAAGAGGUCGAAUAUGAGGAUGACGAGGGUUACCCUCGAGAUGAAGAUGAUGAUUUGAGGAAUAUUAAGGUCAACAUACCAUCGUUCAGAGGUUCUACUAAUCCCGAGGCUUACCUAGAUUGGGAACGAAAGAUGGAAUUGAUCUUCGAUUAUAACAACUAUUAUGAGAGGAAGAAAGUACAAGUGGCCGCACUCGAGUUUACGGAUUAUGCCAUUGUGUGGUGGGAUCAAGUAAGCAUGAGGAGGAGGAAGAAUAGGCAGCCACCUAUUGAGACAUGGGCAGAGAUGAGAACGGUAAUGCGGGAUCGAUUUGUGCCUAGUUCUCAUCGUAGAGAGAUGCAUCAAGCCCUACAACUUCUGCGCCAAGGUACCAAGAGUGUAGAGGAUUAUUACCGCGAGAUGGAGAUGCUAAUGAUUCGAGCGGAUUUGGAGGAAGAUCGUGAUGCUACCAUUGCACGAUUCUUAUAUGGGCUUAAUCGAGAAAUUCAAAAUGUGGUGGAACUUCACCCCUGUGCGGAUCUAUACGAUUUGGUUGCAAUAGCAGCCAAAGUGGAGAAACAACAACGUAGUAACGUUGGGAGGAGAUUCACGCCACCACAAGCAGCACCAAGGCCAGGAACGCUGAAACAUCCCACCUCUUUGAAUUUGAAAAAAAAGACCUUUCUACCCCGGGGUAUAGUUAAAAAUCUCAAAUAACACAAGUUUAAAUAAAAUACCAAACUUAAAUAUCUCAAUAUCUCAAAUCGAAGCCCUAAACACGUGGGCAAAACUCAAAUUGUCCAAAGGAAAUGAAUCUCCAAUCCUUAACUCUUAACCAUAAAGACUUAAUAACUGGAAAAAGUUCUCUGGUGCUUACUCUGACGCCUGGCUCGACAUCUCUCAGCGACGAUGGUGUUGAGUCCCUCUAGCUUGCUGCUCACGGACUGGCUGGUUAGGAUUUCCUCCUCUACGAUCUGGUGAGUGAGUUGGGGUCAGUCUACGCCCUUACGAUAAAAUCUAUGGUACUUU